AUGAGUUGGGAGUCAUUUUGUGAACCAGACCAUGGGCCACAAUCGCAAGUCGAUCAACGGCUCAAAAGUCUACAAUCACUGUUCAGAACCAUCAUGGUAUGUUGUAAAAUACGGUCUUUCUUACGCCUUUUGAUAAAAUUUAAAAUUUUUAAGGAAAAGGAUUUUAACAAGCAGUUCUUCAUUUCAGAUACUAAUAAGCUUGAUUGGCGUCGCGGGUAAUGUCCUAAACUUGAUCACGUUACGAAGCCCAUCGUUACGGACCGUUCCUUUCAUGUACAUACGAGCACUAGCCAUCUUUGAUUUAGUACGUUUACUUAUCCACCCUUGCCUUGCCUUGCCUUGCCUUGCCUUGCCUUGCCUUGCCUUGCCUUAGCCUUGUCUUAGCCUUGCCCUAACCCAGAGCCUAGAUAUAUGAACCAAAGUACAUAUAUUACCUUACAGGUCGGGUUAACAGCUGUGAUAAUACACUUUUUACUACAAUACAAGGAAAACCACUUCUUAUGGAUGGUGUACUACGAAGUAUGGAUAGAAGAUGUACUAAUAAACUCUUUCCUCGUAGCCGGGUUGUAUGCGGCUGUGUUGCUCACCGUGGAACGGUAGGCAUUAUUAUACAAAAUAUCUCCACAACGUAACAAAAACUUUCUUUACAAACCACUGAACAACAAAAACGUGCAUACGGAAGCCAAGAACGACUUUUUUAAGAUGGUAGUUCAGUGGAAGAUUUGUAAUGUAAUUUGCAUUGAAAAUCUUCCACCCAACUUCCAUUUGUAAAAUGGCUUAAAAUUGCUUAAAAACACGUUUUUGACACUUCUUGAAAAUGGAAGUUUAGUGGAAAAUUUGUAAUGUAAAUUGCACUAAAAAUCUUCUACUAAACUUCCGCUUUUCAAACUUGUAAUUUUUUAUUUUUCUUUGCCAUUUUAAGUCACACCCCUUCUUCACACCUCAUUUUCAGGUACCUAUUGAUCAGAAAGCCUCACAAGAAGCGUUUGUUCAGUAUCCAGCACAGUGUUUCAUUAAAGAUCUCUGGUUGCCUAUUAAUGGCCAUCAUUCUGCACUGUCCAAUGGCUCUGCAGAACACGGCCAAAGUGGUGAAUGGUCGUAUUAUAAAAGGCAAUAAUCAGCGUUUGCUUUGCAGGUAAUUGCAUUUCAUCUUGAAUUAAUAAUUAAUUAGAUUUGCAUUUGACGUACUAAUUAGCACAAAUUUAGAUUUUUUAGUAUUAAGUGCGUAUUAUAUGAUUUUUUUUAAAUUAGACGUACUCGGUAAUGGUAAUUUAUGUAUUUUUAGUUUUUUAAGAUGCACUAAGAAUAAUCUUGUGCUGAUAGUACUGAGAAUUUAGUAUUGAGACAAUAAGUUGUUUUACGAAUACCUACAUAGCACCGUCCUUUUACUACAUAGUACUGUACUUGAAAAAUAUGCCUUGUAAAGAAAGUUCUUGCCAUUCUUUGUUUUGUAAAGGAAGUUCUUGCCAUUUUUUGUUUUGUAAAGAAAGUUCUUGCCAUUUUUUGUUUUGUAAAGAAAGUUCUUGCGAUUUUGUGGCUUGUAUAGGAAGUUCUUGCCAUUUUUCGUCUUGUGGCUCAACUUCCUGUCAUUCUUAAUAAAUUCAAACUUUAAUACUCCACAGUACCAUACCCAAAACUUUUUCCCCACUUCCGAGUACUAUUCUCGUACUAAUUUAUGCGCAACGUUUUGAAACCUCUUUGGCACGUUUAUGGCGAAAUACGUGCUGAAUAGUACGACUAUAAUCUAAUUAAAGCUUUUGUUUAGUAAAAUCGUAAAGCGAGAGUUGUAUAAAGAGGCUACUUUACUAUUUAUAAACAUUAGCCUACGUAAAGGGGAUACGAAAAUGACACAUAGUUAGGGUUGGACAUUUACCGGUAAAUGUAAACUUACCGGUAAAUUUACCGGUAAUUUUACCGGGAAUUUACCGAAAAUUUCGGUGUUUUACCGGUAAAAAAGUGUUUUGUGUCCUAGCACGAAAAUUAUUUUUGUUUCAAAAUUUGUUUUUGUUUUGGAAAAUUAGCAAUAUUUUGACGAAAUAUGUUGAAAAAUAUCACCGUUACAAAAGAACAAAUAAUGACUACUUUUGCAAUUAUUGUGGUGCAAAAUACGUCAGUAACCUUACAAGACUGUAGCAACAUCUUCUGCCAACAACUCACAAGGACGGAAAAUUCGAUUUUUAGGCUUUCUUGUUGAUUUUUGAUACUUUACGUAUAGGUCUGUGAUUAUUUAGCGAAACAAUUGCACUAAGAUAUCUUCAAAUGAUCAAGAACAGGUCGAGCAAUUUUAUGAGCAAAAAUGCGGAAAACAAAAGUGUCCAUCGAACCAAUCAGAGUCUAGUGGACAAUGGUCAUCUAAUCAUCUAUGACUAGCUACGUCGACAUAACAUAUACCGGUAGGGAAAAAGAAGUGGACAGAGCUAUUGGACUUAUAAGUUGUUUUUUAAAGUAAAAGAGUGAUAUACUUACUAUUUUAUUGUUUUUGUUGUUUUAAAACGCUUAUUAAACGUUUUAAUGACAUUUUAAAGUUUUUAAAGACCAAAUAAUAAUCCGGUAAAUUUACCGGUAAAAACCGGUAAAAUUUUUACCGAAAAAUCAAUUUACCGGUAAAUGUCCAACCCUACACAUAGUAUAGACGGAUAAAAAAUUUGCAUUUUGGUUUUGUAAAGAAAGUACUUGCCAUUUUUUAUUUUGUAAAGAAAGUUCUUGCUAUUUCUUGCUCUGUAAAGAAAGUUAUUACAUUUUUCCUUAGUUAAAAAGUUUCAAAUGUCUGCAGAUGAUUUUUAAAGAUAAUUGAAUAUCCACUGAACCGUGCCAUGCAUUCACUAUAAGUUAGCCUAAUCUUGCGUUAAACACAAAUUUAAUAGACUUCCGGCGAAAGUUUCGAAUAACAAUAUAGGACAUACAAAAACUAAUGAAAAGGUCAACGUACUGAAUAGAAUAGGAUAAAAAGGUCAACGCACUGAAUAGAAAAAAGUUAAAAUAAGCAAGAGAACGUCAACAAUUUACUGUACAAACCGGAAAGGAAGUUUUUUUUUAUGAAAUAUGAAAGAUAGACACAGAAACGAAAAAUACGUUAGUUUUCCAGCUCAGCAAAGCUAACUUUUGUAAAGUAUAAACUACAGUAAAACACCUUUAUAACCAAUUGCUCAGGAAAAGGCUGGGCGAAGCAUUAACACCGGCCUUUUUGCAGGUAUAACCUAGAAGAGUUGGUUAUACAGAAGUUUCACUAUAAUAAAUAAAAACAAACAAACAAUUCAUAUGACAGCCUGUAUCAGUCAAUAACAUAUUUAUCUAAGUUUUAGAUUUCAAUUUUACCGUUUCAGAGACCCAUGGUGGACGCUGUUCAGCUACUACAAAAUGUUUCGUGAAACGGUUCGGUUUACAUGCGUUAUAUUACUAGUCGUCCUGAACACUAUCAUUGCACGGAGCUUACAAAUGGCCAAAGUAAGAAAGAAUAUUCAAUUUAAGUUUUUAACCCCACCCAACCUUAACCUUACUACUUCUAAGCUUACUAAACCAAAGCUUACAAAUCCUAAGCUUACUAAACUAAAACUUACAAACCCUGAGCUUACUAAGCCUUAACAUACCACAUAAGCCUAAGUGUACUAAGCCCCUGUGCUUACUAAACCUACUAAAGUUAAAAAACACAGACAAUUUACAUUUCCAAACUUAAAAUAAUAUUUUCUUCAGCGCAACCGCCGAUUAUUAAUAAAACGUACUAGUGGAGUCGAAUCCAACGAGAUUAUUGGUACUCCACUAAAAGAAAAGAACCGGUUUUACCGUAAAGAUAUGGGUAAUGUUAUGAAGUCUUUUACUGAAAAGAAGUUGACAGCUUUAAUGGUGUGUAUAUGCUUAAUUUAUUUGAUUGGUAAUCUUCCACAAAUGGUCGUAAUGGUGCUGCAGAAUGAGACCAUGGAAAAUAGAUUUGGCUUUCAAGUAAGUUGGAAGUUGCUACAUGAAAUAUUUUUUAUAUAGUAAGACUUUUGCAUAACAAACAUCUUUGUAACAAAAAUCUUGUAUAACAAACAAAAAAGUACAUAAUUCAACUGUAAUCGACAUUCUUAUAAAUUAAAAUUCUAGGUGUUCCGAAACAUAGCAAAUACGCUAGAAGUUUUAAAUCACUGCCUCAACUUCUUUAUUUUUUGUAUGGCUUCAUCAGAAUAUUCAAGAGCAUUUUUACUGAACUGUCGUUGCAUAAGAAGAGUAUUGGUCAAAAUACCAGCAUGCGCUUCUGUGAUCCAUUCUAAAAGGUUAAGGUAACAUUGAUUAUUUGAAAAGUAGGACACCAAAUAAACGGUGAAGCUAACUUGCCUUGGCUAACUUGUUAGCUUUUCAAAAGAAGAACCCAGAGCUUGUGAAUGCAAACCAAACAGACUUUAUAAUUAAAGUUAUAAAUUUAACUGUUUGCCAUUUCAGUAAUGUAAGUGAGCAAAAAGAGUUGCCAUCCGGAGAAGGUCGUCGCAAAUCCAGUCUGUUUUACGACCCCGACCAUCGACGAAAUACUGUAUGUAUGCAGAUUAACUCUACUACAACGGCAGACUCGAAGAUUAGUGCUCCUUCCAGAGACAUAGUGUUUGAAGAUUGUGUUGUAUACAAGAAUCAAAUACCACAAUUGUGUUCACCUGAUAGUGGUGACGAAUAUCUAUAA